AUGCCGCCCAAGAAGAAGGGAAACAAGAAGAACCAGCAGGAUGACUGGGAGGCCGAGCUUGGCGAGAGCAUUGCCCCGCCUGCCACCAACGACGAUGCUCCUGCUGGUGAUGACAACGCCGACGGUGACGACGAUGGCGGCGCUGGCGGCCUGAUGGCCACCCUACGCAAGAACAAGGAGAAGCGUAAGAAGAAGGGCAUCGUCGACACAGCUCCCGUCGAGGAGGAGGCCCCGGCCGAGGAGCCUGUGAACAAGGAGCCUGUUGAGGCAACCAUGGACGACGAGUUCGAUCUGCCCCAAAAGAAGGGUAAGGGCGGCAAGCAGAACAAGCAGCCCGCCAAGCAGCCCGAGCCCGCCGCCGACGAUGGUGCCGAGCCUGGCCGCAUCUUGACCAAGGCCGAGAAGGAGAAACUGAAGAAGGAGCGUGAGAAGCAGCGAAAGAAGGAACAGGCCGCUGCCAAGAAGAAGGGAGGCGCCGCCGCAAAGGCCCCCCAGCCUGCUAAGGCUGCUGCCCCCGAGAAGCAGGAGGAGGCCGCCCCUGCGCCGGCCGCCGAGCCCGCCGCCGCGGCCGGUGGCAAGAAGAAGAAGAUUCCUGCCCACCUUGCUCUGCUCCAGAAGCAACAGGAGGAGCUCCGACGUCAGCGAGAAGAAGCUGUCCGCCUCGAGGCCGAGGCCAAGGCUAAGGCCGAGGAGGAUGAACGACUAGCAGCUGAGGAGGAGAAGCGCCGCGAGGAGGCCAAGGCCCUCAAGAAGCAGAAGGAGAAGGAGCGCAUUGAGCAGCUCAAGAAGGAGGGCAAGUACCUCACCAAGGCUCAAAAGGAGGAGAAGGCCCGCAAUGAGCGAAAGCUCCAGCAGAUGUUGGCCGCUGGUAUCCAGGUUGGCCCCUCGGAGGGUGGAGAGAAGGCCCCUAAGAGCAAGCCGACAGACAGGAAGAAGAAGGGCCGAGCUCAGCAAAAGGCCGACGAAGAGAAGGCCCUUGCUGAGGCUGCUGAGCGCGCCAGGCUGGAGGCUGAGAAGGCUCUGAAGGAGGCUGAAGAGAAGGCCGCCCGCGAGAAGGCCGAGGCCGAGGCCAAGGCCAAGGCUGAGAAGGCUGCCGCCGAGAGUGAUGUCGAGGACGACUGGGAGGCCGCUGCCGCCUCCGACGGCGAUGUCAAGGAUAGCUGGGAUGCUGACACCGAGGAUGAGGCUGAGAAGGCCAACGGAAAGGCCGACGCUGGGUCCAAGGACGAGGAGCAAGAAGAGUCUGAGGAGGAGUCUGAGGACGAUGAGGCCGCCACAGCUGCCCAGCAAGCUGAGCUCCAGCGAAAGCGAGAGGCUGCUGAGCGCCGUGAGAAGGCUCACCAAGCUGCUCUGGCUGCCCGAUCCAAGGACAACCUGCGAUCCCCUAUUUGCUGUAUUCUGGGACACGUCGAUACCGGAAAGACGAAGCUUCUGGACAAGAUUCGACAGACCAACGUCCAGGAGGGCGAAGCCGGUGGUAUCACACAGCAGAUCGGUGCUACAUACUUCCCUGUCGAGGCCAUCCGACAAAAGACCGCUGUCGUCAACCCGGAUGGCAAGUUCGAGUUCAAGGUUCCCGGUCUCCUGGUCAUCGACACGCCCGGUCACGAGUCUUUCUCUAACCUCCGAUCCCGUGGUUCCUCGCUCUGCAACAUCGCCAUCCUGGUUGUCGAUAUCAUGCACGGUCUUGAGCCUCAGACCCUCGAGUCUAUGCGCAUGCUGAGAGAGCGCAAGACCCCCUUCAUCGUUGCCCUGAACAAGAUUGAUCGACUCUACGGCUGGAAGAAGGUUGACAACAACGGCUUCCAGGACAGUCUGGCUCUCCAGAGCAAGGCCGUCCGCAACGAGUUUGAGACUCGUCUGGAGAAGACCAAGGUUGCCUUUGCCGAGCAGGGUUUCAACUCUGAGCUCUUCUACCAGAACAAGUCCAUGUCCAAGUACGUCUCGCUCGUGCCCACUUCAGCGCACACGGGUGAGGGUGUCCCCGACAUGUUGAAGCUCAUUGUCCAGCUCACCCAGGAGCGCAUGGUUGGCUCCCUCAUGUACCUGUCUGAGGUCCAGGCCACCGUUCUCGAAGUCAAGGCCAUUGAGGGUUUCGGUAUGACCAUCGAUGUUGUCCUUUCCAACGGUAUCCUGCGUGAAGGCGACCGCAUCGUACUCUGCGGUACAGAAGGUGCUAUCAAGACAAACAUCAGAGCUCUGCUCACCCCGGCACCUCUCAGGGAACUUCGUCUCAAGUCUGCCUAUGUUCACAACAAGGAGGUCAAGGCCGCUCUGGGUGUCAAGAUCAGUGCCCCUGGCCUUGAAGGCGCCAUUGCCGGUUCUCGUCUGAUGGUUGUCGGACCUGAUGAUGAUGAGGAUGACAUCGAGGAUGAGGUCGAGUCCGAUCUCGCUGUUCUGUUCAACCGAGUCGAGAAGUCGGGUCGUGGUGUCAGUGUCCAGGCUUCGACUCUUGGUUCGCUCGAGGCUUUGCUCGACUUCCUCAAGGACUGCAAGAUUCCCGUGGCUAACGUUGGUAUCGGCCCAGUUUACAAGCGUGAUGUCAUGCAGUGUGGCAUCAUGUUGGAGAAGGCUCCUGACUACGCCAUCAUGCUCUGUUUCGAUGUCAAGGUAGACAAGGAAGCGCAACAGUACGCCGAGGAUCAGGGCAUCAAGAUCUUUACGGCCGACAUUAUCUACCACCUGUUCGACGCCUUCACCAAGCACAUGGACGAGCAGCUGGAGAAGAAGAAGGAGGAGUCCAAGAUGUUGGCUGUCUUCCCCUGCGUGCUCAAGCCCGUCAAGGUCUUCAACAAGAAUGACCCCAUCGUCAUUGGUGUGGAUGUCACUGAAGGUCAGCUGAGAAUCAACGCUCCCAUCGCCGCCGUGAGGAGCAACCCCACAACAGGUGCCAAGGAGAUCAUCAAGCUGGGUAGAGUAACCUCUAUCGAGCGAGAGCACAAGCAGAUCCCUGUGUGCAAGAGAAAGGAGCCUUCUGUUGCCAUCAAGAUCGAGAUGGGCAGCAGUCAGCCCAUGUACGGCCGUCACCUCGAGGAGGAGGAGACUCUGUACAGUCUCAUCUCGCGAGCCAGCAUCGACACCCUCAAGGAGUUCUACCGAAAGGAGGUCAGCAACGAGGAGUGGCAGCUCAUCAUCAAGCUCAAGCCCCUCUUUGACAUUUCAUAA